AUGUACAAUUCUAUCCCUUUACCAGUAAAAGGCAUAAUAAACUCAAGAUUUGCUAACGAGGAAAGGGAGUAUAUAUUUUGGCAGAUCUCGAGGACAAACAGUGUUAUUAUCUUCUGUCUCUGUAGUAUCUGGCUCUGGCAAUCAUUGGCUGAAGCAGUUCUAGAAAAGAAUUCGCAUUUCAGAGAUAAUAUGACUAUCAUUAUUGCCUCGCUGUUCUUACCACACCAGCCGCAGUUUGAAUUGAAUGCUACCGAGGAGGACAAUGCAGAAUUGGUGGAUUCAAAUUUAGUCAAGGUCAACAAUGGCUCUACGGACAGUCUCACGACCAGAAAGAGAACUAGUUCUGUGCACGGCAAGGCACCCUUUGUUGGAUACGAAAGCACACAGGAUUUGCUGAAUCCAGCUGAAAACCCGUCGAGGAUCGUCACACCAACUCAAUCAGCUGCUAAUCGCAACAAUGCAGUUUCCUCUGAAGAGUUCAUGGAAAGUUUGACGGCGCACGGUACGUCGACGGGAACGCCGGCAAAUCCAGCUGCAGGUGAUCACACGAAGGCUAGUGCCGAGGAGUUCUUCUCUAACGUCCCUUAUACUUCUGUACCAGGCACACCCGGCUCCGAUACAAAUUCGGAAACUGGUAACAACGGCCCUUCUGAUUUGACGGCAAAUCUACUGAAAAAUGUGAAUAAAUCAUUGCUAUACCAAUCUGUAUUGAAAAAUACUGGAUCUCAAACAUCUGUAGAGGGUAACGUGAAACGCUCAGCUAAUAGUCCUGGUGGAGGUAUGGUUAUUACACCGAAGUCGAGAAGUGUACCUGACGUGAACUCCGCAGUAGGAAAUUUUGCGAAAGUCAAACAACAGCAACAAAAAUCGACAUUGCCAUCUAUGAGGAGAAUUCCAAGGGUUUCCUCUGGAAGCCACAACAUGGCAUCUGGUCCCUCUCAUUUGAAAUAUUCUCAAGGAGCGGACGAUAUCGAAGAAACUACUUCCACAGAGAGCUUUAUUUCAGAAUCAGAGUCCGAUGAAGAUGUCGUUAAUGCAUCAGAUUCAGAUCUUGAACUUGAUGGGAAAACAAAUUAUCAUGUUCCUAAAUUUGGAGGUUAUUCCAACAAUGCAAAACUGAGAGCCUCAUUACUACAGAAUUCUCACCAUAUAUUUGGGCGCGUUCCUUGGAAAAUUGUUCCUAGUCUAAAAGGUAAUGGUGCUUUGAAGAAUGCAGUCUCUGUUGCAGUUGCUGAAAAGACUAUUGUGGAAGAUAUCUCAUGGGUGGGAACUAUCGGGAUUCCAACAGACGAAAUCCCAGAAGAUGUACAAAGUAAAAUUGCUGGAAAACUUCAUGCUGACUAUAAUCAUGAAUCUGUUAUCACGGACGAUGUUACUUUUAAAGGUGCGUACAAAAAUUUCUGUAAGAGAAUUUUGUGGCCUACAUUACAUUAUGAAAUCCCAGAUAAUCCAAACUCAAAGGCUUUCGAAGAUCACUCUUGGAACUAUUAUCAGAGCCUAAAUCAAAGCUUUGCUGACAAAAUAAAAAGUGUUUACAAACCAGGCGAUACAAUAUGGAUUCAUGAUUACCAUUUAAUGCUAGUACCUGCAAUGGUCAGAGAAUAUUUACCACAGGCAAAGAUUGCUUUUUUUUUGCAUGUAUCUUUCCCCAGUAGUGAAGUUUUCAGAUGUUUUGCUCAAAGGGAGAAGAUUUUGAAGGGGCUUCUAGGUGCAAACUAUUUGGGAUUUCAAACUAAGGAAUACGCCAGACAUUUCCUACAAACUUCAAGUAGAUUAUUAAUGACUGAUGUGAGCGACAGUGAGUUAAAAUAUAAGGGUAAAGUAGUUUCUGUUAGGCAUACCCCUGUUGGUAUUGAUGUUUUUAAUUUAGAUGCUCAAUUAAGGCAAGAAGGAGUUAUUCAAUGGCGCCAAUUAAUUAGCGAGAAAUGGAAGGGAAAACGAUUAAUUGUUUGUCGUGAUCAAUUUGAUCGAGUGAGGGGUCUAAAAAAGAAAAUGUUGGCUUAUGAGAGAUUUUUAAGGGAAAACCCUGAUUAUAUUCAAAACAUCGUUCUAGUUCAAAUUUGUUUGGUUGGUGAAAAAGACCAAGAUCUUGAACGUGAAAUAAUGAUUGUAGUUGACAGAAUUAAUUCUCUCUCCACCAAUUUAAGUGACUCUCAACCUGUCGUUUUCUUACACCAGGAUUUGGAAUUCGAGCAAUAUUUGGCAUUAAGUUCAGAGGCCAGCAUGUUCAUCGUUUCUCCUUUGAGAGAAGGUAUGAACCUGACAUGUCAUGAAUUUGUGGCCUGUGCGCAAGAAUCAAAUGCUCCUUUACUUCUGUCUGAAUUUACAGGUAGUGCUGAAAUCUUGAAGGAUGGGGCUUUGUUAGUCAAUCCUUGGGAUAUUGAUUUAUUCGCCAAAUCAAUAAAACGUGCAUUGGAAAUGUGCCCUGGCGAGAAGAGGCAUUUAUGGAAAAAAAUGGUGAAGAGUGUCAUCAACAAUGAUGCUGAUAACUGGAUCUUGACUUCCUUACAGGAUAUCAACAAUGCGUGGGAGUUCAAUAAAGAAAGAUCAACGGUCUUCAACCUGUCGGGUGACCAAAUUACAAAGGAUUAUAGAGCUUCAAAGAAACAUAUGUUCAUUCUCAAGAUCUCUACUCCUCCAAAUGCCAGAAUGUUAACCAUUCUGAGUGAUUUAUGCUCAGAAAACAUUGUUUAUAUUAUGAACUCCUUCUCCAAGGCCACAAUGGAAAGCCUUUACAGUCGUGUUCUGAAUAUUGGAUUGAUAGCAGAAAACGGUGCUUAUGUAAGGCUCGGUGGACGCUGGUAUAACAUGGUGGAGCAUGUUUCUUGGAAAGAUGAAGUCAUCAAGAUUCUGGAUGAUAAAGUUGAAAGGUUGCCUGGCUCUUACUACAAGAUAGCUGACUCCAUGAUAAGAUUCCAUACAGAAAAUGCUGAAGACACAGAACGUGUGUCUGCCGUAGUUGGCGAAGCGAUGACUCACAUUAAUACGCUUUUCGGUGAAAAGGGAGUUCAUGCCUACGUGCACAAAAACAUCGUGUUCGUACAGGAAGAAGGCUUGUCAUUGUCAGCUGCCCAAUUCCUUUUCAAAUAUCAUAAUAGCAAUUCAGAUAAUUAUGGCAAAGGGCAAAUAGCCCUUACACCGACUGAUUCGUCGAGCCGCACCAGCUAUUUCACUUCUAAGAGUAUAUCUCAGAGCAUAAUCGACUUUGUGUGCGUCACUGGUUCCUCUUCUCCAGUAAUAGAACCAAUAUUUCAGUUGGUUAAGGAAGAAGUGAACAGAGGUGCAUUGCAUUUCGGUCACACUAUAGUCUACGACGGUGCCACCUCCACAUACGCGAAGGAACACGUAGAUGGACUUAAUGAACUUUUCACAAUUCUUGAGGAGAUAGCAGAGUAA